AAUCUCAAUUUUCAUUCCAGCCAGGACUUGCCCAAUCCUGGUCGCAGUAAGACAUAUAAGGAUCGUACCGCCAGACUGUAUGGAACGCCAGUUGGACUACAAAUCCCAAUGUUUCUACUUUUGUGACAAUGAGUUCCAGUUAAGAGGCGUUAGUUCUAAAACAUGUCAAGCAGAUGGUACAUGGUCAGACCACUCAGUACAAAACACAUGCAUCGAUAUUGAGCCUCCAGAAUUCAUCACUUGUCCCGGUGACAUUUCCCUCCCAACCGAUCUGAAUGAGAACUUUGCUACUAACCCUGCAAACUGGGACCAACCAGAGGCAAGGGACAAUGAUGGAGAGCCGGUCAUCGAGGCGUCACUCUCCGCUACACAGCAGCGGUUCUACCUGGAUGAAGUAACGGUCAUCACCUACACAGCGCGUGAUGAGACCGGACUCGAAAACACAUGUACUUUCAGUGUUACAGUCAAAGCCAAGACCUGUCCCAUCCUGAUCGCGGAAACCCAUACGAGGAUCGCACCGCCAGACUGUAUGGAACGCCAGUUGGACUAUAAAUCCCAAUGUUUCUACGAAUGCGACUGUGGGUUCCAUUUACGAGGAGUAUGUUCUAGAACAUGUCAAGCAGAUGGUACAUGGUCAGACCCAUCAGUGCAAAACACAUGCAUCGAUAUUGAGCCUCCAGAAUUCAUCACUUGUCCCGGUGACAUUUCCCUCCCGACCGAUCUGAAUGAGAACUUUGCUACUAACCCUGCAAACUGGAACCAACCAGAGGCAAGGGACAAUGAUGGAGAGCCGGUCAUCGAGGCGUCACUGUCCGCUACGCAGCAGCGGUUCUACCUGGAUGAAGUAACGGUCAUCACCUACACAGCGCGUGAUGAGACCGGACUCGAAAACACAUGUACUUUCAGUGUUACAGUCAAAGAUGAGGAGCCACCACAAGUUAUCAACUGCCCAAACUCCAUGGCAGUAAAGACCAACAAUCGUCUAGCCGUUGUCCACUGGGAAGAGCCGGUGUUUCAGGAUAACUCCGGGCGUGACGCCUCGGUCAUCUCCAACCGUCCGUCCGGGUCCACGUUCUUCUUUGGUCAACCAGAGAGUAUUUGGUAUAUAGCAGAGGACCAAGCUGGUAAUACUGCACGGUGUGAGUUCACCGUGUCUGAGGAAGAUUUGGAGCCUCCUGAAUUCCUCACCUGCCCGGAGGACAUUGUGCUCCCCGCCAAUCUCCAUGAAAACUUUACCACAACGACCUGGGACAGACCUGAGGCACGAGACAAUCUUGGAACACCGACCAUCGAGGCUUCCACCUCGGCUGCCAAGGAGCGGUUUUAUCUGGAUGAAGUAAUAGUGGUCACGUAUACAGCACGAGAUAGGUCCGGACUCCAAACCACAUGCACAUUCAGCAUUACGGUCACAGAUGAAGAGCCACCACAGGUAGUCAGUUGCCCGGGCUCUAUGGUGAUAAAGACCAAGGGCAGUUCUGAAAUUGUCCAUUGGGAAGAGCCAGUCUUCCAGGAUAACUCCGGGAAAGAAGUGACGGUCAUCAAUUCGGACUUACCGUCCGGGUUCACUUUCUUUUGUGGCCUGAUGGAAACUGUUUAUUAUAUCGCAGAGGACCAAGCUGGUAAUAAAGCGAUUUGUGAGUUUACCGUGGAUGUAGAUUGUAUGAAUUAGCAAGCACUGGAAUAGUGAUCUGACUUGAUUAAGUAUACUAAGAAGACGGGGUACAUGUCUAAAUUAUGAGUAUAAUGGUCUGACUUCGUAUGGUAGGAAGACAGGGUACAAGACUGCUUGUCAUAAAAAGAUAAAUAAUUGUAAGUAAAUACAACUGUUUAAGAUCAACCUGACAGCUCACUUAUUAACAUUUAAUAUAAUAUCAGUUGAUGUUCCCGAGAACUAUUGAGUGUCUGUCAAAGAUUAAAGUCCGGUAAUCACUGUGACCAU